AUGGAAGACAAAAAGAAGUGCCCAAAUGCAAAUGUAAAACUCUUACACAAUUAUAUAUAUCCAAAGGUUAAAAACUAUAGAAAAGGUUGGGUGGACUCUAUAGCAGAUUUCAAAAAGGACGCUUGCGAGUUGAAGAACGAGGCAUGCGCGGUGAUUUGUCAGAAGAAAGCAGAAUUUAAGAAGGCUAUGAGAGCACCUGAGAAUUGUAAUGUAAGGCAAGCUGUGGUAGCGGUUGGGGCUGCAACUGGGUUCUUAUUGGCUUCUAAGAAGGGACUACCAACAAAAUUCUUUUAUGCAAGUAUUGGAGGAUUGGCCACUGGUGCUUUAUGCUUUCCUAAGGAGACAGAUGAAGUGUUUAGGCUUGCAUCGUAUAAGAUUGCUAAAGUUGCACUGGCUAUUUUCAAUAAGACUUGUGGGCAGAAUAUCAUUUUGAGGGAGAGGAUACCCUGUCGUGAAGACAUGCCCCCACCUCCACCAGAACGGCCUGCCAACCAAAAGAAUCCAUGCCCCCCGAAGAAAUGA